AUGGCAACUGCAACUACGGAGAAGAAGAAGCCGAGUGCUAUGCGCUCAAUCCUAGCAGGUGCAACUGCUGGAGCUGUAGAAAUCUCCAUCACAUACCCGGCCGAAUUCGCGAAGACACGAUCCCAGCUCAACCGAAGAUUAGCAGAUGGAAAGAAGCUGCCAUGGCCGCCGUUCGGCAAGCAGUGGUACGCUGGGUGCACAACGUUGAUCAUUGGCAACUCGUUGAAGGCAGGCAUCAGAUUCGUUGCCUUCGACAUGUACAAGGACAUGCUGUCAGACGCUGAAGGAAAGAUCUCUGGGCCAGCAACUGUCAUUGCAGGUUUUGGUGCAGGAGCAACAGAGUCGCUGCUGGCCGUUACUCCCUUCGAGAGUAUCAAGACGCAACUCAUCGAUGACCGCAAAUCAGCAACCCCUCGUAUGCGCGGCUUCCUCCACGGCACAAAGAUCAUCGCUCAAGAAAAGGGUAUCCGCGGUUUCUUCCAAGGUUUCCUUCCCACCACUGCCCGACAGGCUGCCAACUCAGCCGUCCGUUUCUCGAGUUACACAUCGCUCAAACAACUAGCUCAGUCCUAUGUUGCUCCUGGCGAGAAGUUAGGAGCAGUCAGCACAUUCGGUCUCGGAGGUCUCGCUGGUAUUAUUACAGUCUACACAACGAUGCCCAUCGACACGGUCAAGACAAGGAUGCAGUCGAUAGAAGCACGCAGCGCGUACAAGAACAGCUUCGACUGUGUGGCCAAGAUCUUCAAGAACGAGGGUAUCUUGACGUUCUGGUCUGGCGCGUUGCCCAGGUUGGGACGACUCAUUCUGAGUGGCGGUAUUGUCUUUACUAUGUACGAGAAGUCGAUGGAGUUGAUGGACAAAUUCGACCCUCAAGGGCGGUACAUAUAG